CGAUGGUGUUGUCCGUACCGACGGUCCGUCCGUAGCCGUCUUCGCCUCGCGAUGCGUCCGCUGAUGUGUGGUUCUGCACAUGGCCGUGCCUCCCGACGGGCCUAUACUUCGUUCUGCACAUUUCCGCAUUUUUCCACGGCAGCAUUGUAUCAUAUAUCACAUCCACCAUGACUACAUCAUCCGAAGAUGUACUGAUACAAGUAGGACAGGUCCGCUACAAGAAGGGAGAUGGUACAUUGUAUGUUAUGAACGAACGGAUAGCCUGGAUGCUCGACAACAGAGAUACUGUGUCUGUCAGUCACAAAUAUGCUGACAUUAAGUUACAAAAAAUAUCACCCGAAGGAAAAUCUAAAAUCCAGCUACAAGUUGUUCUUCACGAUGGUUCCUCGUCUACUUUUCAUUUUGUAAAUAGAAAUGGGCAGGAGGCACAGAUAAAGGAUCGUGAUGAAGUAAAGGAGCUUCUGCAGCAACUUCUGCCCAAGUUUAAAAGAAAAGUAAAUAAGGAGCUUGAGGAGAAAAAUCGAUUGCUGCAAGAGAAUCCUAUGUUACUACAACUCUAUCGUGACUUAGUGAUAACACAAGUUAUAACGUCCGAGGAGUUCUGGGCUCAACAUGCUGCGGACUAUACUCAAGCGAAGAAAUGCCAGCGUCAAGAAAUAGGCGUUAAUAGUGCCUUUCUCGCUGAUAUCAAACCACAAACGGACGGGUGCAAUGGACUGAAAUAUAACUUGACCGUGGACAUAAUAGAUUGUAUAUUCAAGACUUAUCCAGCAGUCAAGAGAAAGCAUCAAGAAAACGUGCCUCAUAAAAUGUCGGAAGCCGACUUUUGGACAAAGUUCUUUCAGUCACAUUAUUUUCAUCGCGACCGCAUAAAUGCAGGGACCAAGGAUCUAUUUACCGAGUGUGCCAAAAUAGACGAUCAGGAGUUAAAAAAGGAUAUCCAGACAGGUAUCAAUAAUCCGCUACUGGAUAUUACUGCCUUCGAGGACAAGACAUUGGAUGAAAAUUAUGGUACGGGGGCUGGAAAAGCGGACAAGCUAUCCGGGAACAUAGUGCAUCAAAGCAUGAUAAAGAGAUUUAACCAACACAGCAUUAUGGUUCUAAAAGCCAGCACUGCCACAUCACCCACGCAAGCUCAGCCACAAUUAAAUGGCUCCACUCCAUCAGCCAGUAAACCUCCAGGAGCUAAUCAACCGGACGAUCAACCAAAGACUAAGAAACUUAGAUUACAAGAGAAACUAAUAUAUGAUGAUCUCGAUGCCAGUUGUGAUACAAACACCAACUGCGGGGCUCCUCUCAAUCUCACGCACAUAGAUAGGUACUUGCAUGGACCAGUGCAGGGACAUCGAAGUGCAGAAACUACAAAUGAGGAACUUCAGGCUACCUUGAGUCAAUUAAAAAGGGAAGCAGCCGGUUGGUUGAGUGGUAAUAGCUUACCUAGACAGACAGCAACUUCGUUAGUCAGUCCGGCCGCAGCAGUCUCAGCCGUGGGAGAAUUGACACCCGGUGGAGCAUUAAUGAAAGGCUUUCGAGAAGAGAGUCUUGGUCAGUUGAUACCAAAGGACUUGGAGAAAGAGUUACGAAGUGUUUACGUAUGUACGUGUGAAUUGCUCAGGCAUUUCUGGCGAAGUUUCCCACCGACAACACCACAACUCGAGGAGAAGGCCAUCCGAAUGCACGAGGCCUUGCACAGGUUUCAUUCCGCCAAACUUAAACCUUUCGAGGAUCGUGUCCAAAGAGAAUUCUCCGCUGUAAGUCAACACCUAACGAGCCAUCUAAAUCAAUUGCUGAACACAGCAUAUAGGAAGUUUGCCGUUUGGCAGCAACGGAAGAUGCAGAUGAGAUUCGCGGGGACAUAUAUAAUUUAAAAAAGAAGAAAGAAAAUUGUCACUGCAACAACAUAGGCUGUGAUAUCGCCAUUGUUCAGAAUCGUCUGUUGAAAUGUCAUUCUACACGAAUUUCAUGGAUAUUUCAUUACUUGACAUAUCCCCCAAGACAAACGAAGAAAAUUGAAACUCGUGUAAGUCGGAGCAACGUUUAACCAAUUACUGUUACUGUAAUCAUUUCUUUCCUAAUUGUAAGAAGUGUUUUAGUUUCUUAGUUUCGUUAUAAGUGAUAAUGUGCCGGUUUGUGUACCGAAUCGCGUUCCUCUGGAAGGAAAAUUGCAGGAUUUAAUAAGCAAGGAGGAGAGGGUUACUUCUGAAGGGCUAUUCAGGGGACUAUUGCACCAGUUGAAGUUAACCUGCCUAUUCGAUUUCUAUCAAGAUCAAUUGCUGCAACAUUCCCGAAUAACCUUGUAUAGAAUACAAAACGAAAGCCGAGAGAGGAAGCUCAUCAGAAUUCGAUCAAUUUAUAACAGUACUACUAUCACUACACGAAGAAAAAAUUCUAUUGCGAGAAUCUUCCCUUCGGUUAAAAUGAAGAUGCACGAAUAAUGAAAUGCAAGAAGAAACGAUGUCCUAUAAAAUUCCCCAAAAGCGCAGUGGCACUAAGCACGCUUUUCAAGGACAACUGCGAUAUACUCAACUAAGUGUCUUAAUCGUUGAAUCCUAUUUUCCACUCAUAUCACCGGAGGAGGACCGUCCGCGAUUACGCGCACGACCUGUAAACCCCGCCAAUUACUGUAACACUUAAUUCAUUUAUCAAAAACAAGAAACAUACAUUCUUACAGCUUAGCAAUAAAUACAGAAAUUCAUUCUUUCAAAUGAGA